CUGCUGUGGCCUGCGAUUUAUUGGCCCACCUCUCCGGUUUGUUGACUAAUGAAUUAAUAAAACUACUGGUGAUUAAUAGCUUGAACCAACCAGUGAUCAAGUUGGGUUCAGGUGAACGUUACGGUAACAGCGUGGAUUUAGAUAUAUACUGUACAUGUACUGUGCGUCAAUAGUUAUACGAUUGAAACGAGGAUUCCAAAAUGAGUGCUGCAAGCGCCACCUGGUCUACGCCAGAGAGUGUACACAGUAGACACAGCCAGACAGUCAAUGCUACGUCUCCCCGUGCAUUGGCAACAGAUGAUAUCUCGAGGCGCUUGUCUGUUGUGAGCUUGGAUGACCCCGGAGUGUCAGUAGAUUUGCUUCGGUCGGUGGAUGUUUCGGCGUCAGCCCCCCAUUUGCCCCUGCCAGAUAUUGGGGAGUUGCAAGUAGAUGGUGCUAGCCCGGCAACAGCGCCGUCGAAUUUGCAGAAGCGUACCGGCCGAAAGGGCAUUGACCAGCUGUUACAGGACACCCUCGACUCCAAGGGUUCUACCCCCAAACGCUUGCUUCUUUCCCCCAAAUACUUAGAUACCAAAGGUAAAACUCAGUCAAGUAGUAUGGAGGAUCUCAAUGGCGCACUGUCGAAGUCCGAUAAUCAGCAUUCACGCCCAAAACCCUUUCUAUUAGCUGUGACGGCAAACCCCGUGAGGAGAAAGUCACACGCAACCGCAGUAGAUAGAUCAGUUUCGAGCGCCUCCACUAAUCUGCUGCAAAAGAGACGUCUGAUGCCUGGACGUGUUAGUACCUCUAUGACCGGGUUGGAUCUCAAAACGGCGACGGGCAGUUCAAGUCCUCGCAAGAGUGGUACCACCAUCCAAAGCGCCAGGCUACACAAUAGACCACGUGUCAAUUCCAAUAGUGGGUUUCAAAUCAGCCAAAGGCAUAACAGACAGCGCUCAGCAGGACCCGGCGCGGAUUACACGAUUGCAGUCGGUACACGCAGUCCCGAGAGUACUCUAUGUCCGUCUACGUCUACUACGUCAUCGCCAGUGAGGUCUGUACGCAGCGCGAGUGUGCUUUCAGCUUCACCUACGCAGGAUGAGUCUCCUGGAAAAAAGAGCUACUCCCAUCAUAGAGUAUAUAGUGGUAGUAGUUCUAGCAUACAAAGUAGUAACAAUACGGCAAUCCAUAGUGGCAGUAACUCAGACAGGCUACAACGAGGAAGUGGAGAACGUAUGUCGCGUCGUACAACGAUUGAUUCCUUGACCCACUUCUCACAAAACGUCGGGCUCGUCAUACCUGAGAAGCGGCAGAGUGAACUUAGCCGGAAAAGUCCACGUCCUGUUGCCGCGUCCAAAUCCCGCAAGAAGUCGCUCAAAUGUUUUGAGACCGCUGAAAAUAUAGUUGGCUCAGCAAGUAUCCUUAACGAUAAACUUAAUACUAGUGGUACAGUAGCUGUUUGGUCGAAGUCUGACGCAACGAGUACAAAUAGUGACAGGACAUACUUAGACCUCCUUCUAUUAGAUGAUGAUGAAAUCAAUGAAAUUGGCGAUACAUCGACAGCGAGUGUCGCUGAUGAAGGGCAGGAGCCUUUGGAUCCUCGAAGACAAUUGUACACGGGGAUGAGCAAUGCCGAACUUGAGAAGAAGAUCGCAGAUAUGAUUUCCGAAAUCGCAACUACCAACAUAACUCUUGUUCUAGAACUGGAAGCAAGGGAGCUGUAUGUAGCUGAAAAGAACAAGCUCACGGCGAAGAAGAAGCAACUACUGAAAAUCGGCCAUGGAUGAUAUGGUUGUUUCCUGGAAUCGUGAAUGUAGUGGGUGUGUUUUUUGUUAUCAUGCGUUUUUCCCUUGUGUGAUAGUAAAGCAAGAGUAGCCCGCAUUCGUCGGCGGUUGAGUGUCGCCAGUACUGCCCACCACUAAUCACAUAUAG